CGCAUACUCUCGCUCGGUGUUUCGCAUUGCUAGUAGCUGAUUCAUUUUUUUUCCUGCAGUUUUCUUAGCAGCCAAACAGAAAAUAAAAUUUAUUUUUUAAGGAAAAAAUGAUCGGAGUCGGGAAGAUCAAGCAAUACUCCAACGUCCUCGACAAGCCCCUAAGCAAAGGCAAACAAGAGGUUAGCUUAAGUGCAUUUGCAUUCUUGUUUUCGGAGCUUGUUCAGUACAAUCAAACACAGGUGGAUAACAUUGCUGAAUUAGAAAGGAGGCUGGAGGAUGCAGGGUAUGCAGUCGGGGCUCGAGUUCUUGAACUUUUAUGCCAUAGGGAUAAGGGAAAUAGAAGGGAGACUCGAUUGCUGGGUAUUUUAUCUUUUGUGCACAGCACCGUCUGGAAGGUGUUAUUUGGAAAGGUAGCUGACUCACUUGAGAAGGGCACUGAACAUGAAGACGAAUACAUGAUCAGUGAGAAGGAACUCCUUGUGAACAAGUUUAUUUCAAUUCCAAAAGACAUGGGGACAUUUAAUUGUGGGGCAUUUGUUGCUGGAAUAGUGAGGGGUGUUUUGGAUAGUGCAGGAUUUCCAGCAGUAGUAACAGCUCAUUUUGUACCCAUGGAGGGACAGCAAAGACCUCGGACAACUAUUUUGAUAAAGUUUGCUGAAGAGGUAUUGCAAAGAGAAGCCAGGUUAGGUUGAUUAGUAUGCCUGGGUUGUUUGAGUUGUCCAUGUUCUGAAACACCAGGAAGGGGACACUAAAUUUCAGCUGGUUUGUUGAUCUAACAAGGAUUUCACCUGCCAAUCACACUGGCAAAUCUGAAUUCCUUGAUCUGAUUAAUGAUGGUUGUGUAUUAUCCUUUAUGUCACAGUGGUUACUGAUAUGGUAGCAAAGAUUAUUGCAAGUGCAAGUGAUGUAAAGCAAAAUGUUAUCAUUACUUAUAAGUUUUUUGUUAAUGUGACCUCAAAAUUCAAAUGGAUUAUUAGUA